AUGAAUCAACCUCAAAUACCUCUGUAUCAACCGAACCAAACCUUAACAGUAGGUUCACACCAAGUGAAAGUCGUAAGGUAUCUUACUAGUGGUGGGUUUGCACAAGUGUACAAAGUAGAAUUCUCUCCUAUAGAUCCCUACAUAAACAGCAAUUUGGGUUGUCUUAAAAGAGUUAUCACCCCAAAUAAGCAAAACUUAAAUAUGCUUCGAGCAGAAGUGGAGGCUAUGAAACUAUUAAAGAAUAAUAGACAUGUUGUCUCUUACGUCGAUUCCCAUGCUGCUAAAUCAAUCACAAUACCAGGAAAUUAUGAAGUUUUCUUGCUGAUGGAAUACUGUGAAAAAGGUGGUUUAAUCGAUUUCCUUAACACAAGACUACAAAAUAGGUUAAACGAUGAUGAAAUAUUAAACAUUAUGAGCCAAAUAACUCAAGGUAUUGCUGCAAUGCAUGCACUUCAACCGUCUCUAGUGCACAGGGAUAUAAAGAUUGAAAAUGUACUCAUUGCUGCAAAUGGAGACUUUAAGAUCUGUGAUUUUGGUUCCGUGUGCGGUGUAGUGAGACCUCCAAGAAAUAAUCAGGAACUUGAAUACGUCAAACAUGACAUAAUGAGAAAUACAACUGCUCAAUAUAGGUCUCCUGAAAUGUUAAACCUAACAAGUGGCUUCCCAAUUGAUGAAAAAUCAGAUAUAUGGGCCAUGGGUGUGUUUUUAUACAAAAUAUGCUAUUACACAACGCCUUUUGAGAAAGCUGGCGAAUCUGCAAUUCUUCAAGCAAGAUUUCAAUUUCCAGCAAUUCCGAUAUAUAAUGAUCGCAUCAAGAAUUUGAUUAAAGUAAUGUUGUCAAAAUUACCCACAAAUAGACCUAAUGUGUGCCAAGUAUUGGAAGAAGUCUCCAGAAUCCAGGGUAAGCAAUGCCCAAUCAAAAAUUUUUAUUUAGAAAGAGCUAUAGAGUUUUCGAAACAAAAAAUACUCACAACUAUCGGAACAAUACCACCGGAGCUUAAUCAUCCUGCUACAAUGGUAGAACUUAAAACCAACCUCACAUUUCCAGCAACGAAAACAAUGUCUGUAUAUCCGACAGAUAAGAUUGAACUUAAUGGAAGCACGGCAUAUACAUCCAAUACUAAUGCUCCAUAUAAUAAGAACAAUUCUAUUCCAAAUCUACACCAUGCAAAUACAAUUGCUAACCUUCAGAUACCCAGCGAUUUCACUACGCGACCUGAUUUAAGCAUACUGAUGCAAAACAGUGAAGCUAUUUCCAACAACAAUUUUGAAUCAAACCAUCAAUUUAGUCCAUCUAAAGUCCACUCUUUACAUAACCUUUCUCCUUCAAAACCUGUGACUACAUCAUAUAUUGACAGUGAGACACAAACAUUUACAUCUCGUAGUCCAGUAAGACGAUCAUUAUCAAGAGUAUCAUCUAUAAGGUCAAACUUUUCAGUAGAUUCGGAGACUGCAUACUUAAAUGAAGAAACUACUGGUAGUAAUAAUCUUGUGAGGAAAAUAAGUUACACAUUAAAAAAUGUACUCACAGGUGAAUCUAGGAAUACUUCUCCAAUUAGAUCGAGACAAAACACAGGUGACAGUUUGUGGAAUUCUGCCACGCAUAAAUUGAGAAGUAGGUUAACUGGUGGAAAUAAUAAGAGAUCAAUAUCCUACGAAAAAACUACAAAUAAAUCAAAUAGCUUAAAUAGAAGAAUAUCUCGUAUGAUAAGAGAUACAGAAGACAAUGCAGAAUGCCACAUUUUAGAAGAUGAUAAUAAACCUAGUUAUAUUACACCAAAGCUUAAACCAUCCUCUCAAAUUCCGAUGACCGAACUCAAUGAAAGUGAUGAGGUCGGAUUAUCAAAACAAUCUAAGGAAAGAUAUACAGAUUUAUCUCCGAUUAAUUUAAUUGUAAAUAAAGAGGCAAAAGAAUCCAUCCAGAAGAAAGUUCAGAAUCUUCUAAACAAUAGCGAUAAUGUUCCAACAAGGAGAACUGCCUCUGGAUACGGUCGGUAUACGAAUAAAGAAAAUUGUGAAUCACCUACAAAAUUGAAAUCUAAACCGCUGUCUACUAUAGAUACUAGGAAUACCAUCAGGCAAUCGAGUGUUAUUGUUACUCCUUUAUCGAAUCUUCAUUCACAGAGAGCUAAUACGAAAGCAGACAAUAAAAGACGUAUACCUCCACCCGUUCCAAAAAAACCAAACUCAUUGAAAAUUAAAGUCCAUCCAAACAGGAGAGAUGAAACUACUACUAGAAUAACAAGUGAUACUACAGAUUUUUUAAUGGAAGUUGAUGUUGAUGAUUUGGAAACAAAUUUUAGGCAAAGGUUCCCAAGUACAGUUAGAUAA